ACGACAACGCUGUGAUCGCUAAGGAGCUUGGAAGGUGAUAUGUCACGUGAGUCACCUUCACCUUGUUAAUAUUUACAACAGACGAGACUGCUUUCUUCGAACGUAUUUCGGUUGUUUCGUGUAUGUGUUCAAGAUCCGCUAAUAUGGCUGCAGAUUCUGGGUUUGUUGAAAACUGGCAGAGCGGGAGGAAUGUGGUAGAAAGUAAUCUCCACAUGCUGAAAACAGAGAAAUACUGUGACGUCCACUUCCGGGUUGGCAAACGGGAAACGACAGUCCGAGCUCACCGCUACGUGCUUAUCAGUCGCAGUUGUGUGUUCGAAGCCAUGCUGUGUGGCCCUUUGGCUGAGAGAGAUGCCAUUAGGAUAUCGGAUGUUGAUGCAGACACGUUCUCCGAGCUGUUAACGUACCUGUACACAAACGACGUACACCUGACACCAGAGAACGUGACUGGAUUGCUGUACCUGGCCAAGAAGUACGCUGUGGGGGGGUCUUGAGAGUCUGUGCCUCACCUAUCUAGAAGACUGCCUGAGUG